CCCCCCUCCAGCGCCAUGGAGUAGCUCCGGUUUCUGUUUCUCUCGGCUGUCCUCCCCCCCUGUGACCUGCCCGCCUCUCGCUGUCCCCUCUCCCUCUCGCCCUCUCUCUGGCCCCCCCCGUUUCUCGUUCACUCUGUCUCUCUCUCUGUCUCUGCCCCCCAUCUGUCCUGAGUACAACAGCUGACCUCAUUUCCCGACACCUUUUCCCCCCCUAAAGUACAACAUCUGGCCCGCCCCAGCCCAGAGACUGCCCGUCCUCCCUAAAAGAACCAGAAGAGCCCCCCCCCCCCACAAGCCAUCCCCCCGCUCCGCCGGGCGCCAUCUGGCCCCCGCGACCCGGCCCGAGCGGCGCUGGCAGAGGAGUGCCCGGCAGGAGGGCCAACGCCCGCUGCUCGGUUUGCGACCACGCAGCAGGGAGGUGGGCGCCGGCUUUCAGACACAGAUGGGGUUCCCGAUGGGGAAGUCGAUGCUGGCGCUCCUCACCUUCUUGGCCUUCGCCUCGUGCUGCAUUGCUGCUUACCGCCCCAGUGAGACCCUGUGUGGUGGGGAGCUGGUGGACACCCUCCAGUUCGUCUGUGGGGACCGCGGCUUCUACUUCAGCAGGCCCGCAAGCCGUGUAAACCGCCGCAGCCGUGGCAUCGUGGAGGAGUGCUGCUUCCGCAGCUGCGACCUGGCCCUCCUGGAGACCUACUGCGCCACCCCCGCCAAGUCCGAGAGGGACGUGUCGGACCCUCCGACCGUGCUUCCGGACUUCCCCAGAUACCCCGUGGGCAAGUUUUUCCACUAUGACACCUGGAAGCAGUCCACCCAACGCCUGCGCAGAGGCUUGCCCGCCCUCCUGCGUGCCCGCAGGGGCCGCGCGCUGGCCAAGGAGCUCCAAGCGUUCAGAGAGGCCAAGCGUCACCUUUCCCCAUCGUCCAAAGGCCCUGCCCACGGGGACGCCUCUCCGGAGAUGCCCAACGCCCAGAUGUGAGCCAAAAUUGUCGUAACUCCGCGCGCCGCACCACCGCCCCGCGCCCUCCUCCUGAGCGGGGACCCCCUCCAUCGCGUCCCACCUCGCAGACCUCUCAGUUCCACCUCCACCCCGGGGGCUUCUCCCACCCGCCCCCCUGCCCCGCCUCCCGUCAGGCUACUCUCUGCCCCCCUCCACCGGGCAGGACCCCCAAAGUCACGGCUCCAGAACCUCACCCGAUGGGCGUUAAGACUGCCCCUAAAGUGCCCCCCCCAAAAAAAACGGCCCCCGAUCGAAUCCGCCCAUCGCAAACUCGAUGGCCGGCCCCUCAAUCUCACACAAAGUCCCCCUCGAACGAAUUGGCGUUUUAGAAACAUCGUAAAUGCUCAUUUGCUAUUUUUUUAAAAAACCUAAACAAAAAAAACCAAUUGGCUGAAAAACUAUAUUAAAAAAAAAAUUGGCUUAGAAACAAUUGGCAAAGUAAAGGAAUUGGCACGCCCCCCCCCCUUCCCUCUUUUCCCCUUUGGACCCCGAGUCAAAUUGGCUUAGACUGGGGCCUCGCAACCUAAGAGAAAGGAAGGGGACCAAAUUCUCCCAGGUGGGCAUGUCCUCGCCCCGCGCCG